GUCCUGCUACCGACAUCCGUCCCUCUUUAUCCUCAUCUGCCUCAGAACUUAGAUUCGAGCCUUAGAGGAACAACGCGACCUAUGUCCACUUUCGCUCGGGCUAUCACACGACAGUUUUCAGCAGCGAGACCAGCGCGAACAACACUCUUUCGUCCCGCUCGCAUUCCCCAUGUCGCAACAUACCAUGGCCAGUGGUACGACAGUCGUCCAGAACAGCCCCCACCACUUGAGGUUGAGCGUGUGGUGACACCUUGUCUAUAUGACGUUCUCAAUGUUCCGCGGGAUGCUACCAAGGAGCAAAUCAAGGAGCAAUAUCGAAAGCUCAUGUGGAAAUAUCACCCCGACGUCGCAGGCGGCCAGCGCAACCCGCAGAUGUUUCAAAUCGUGACAGACGCGUACGAUGCACUUUUAGACGACAACUGGAGGGCGCGCUACGACGCCGACCUCGCUCUCUUCGAAAAAGUGCUCAAUGACGGCAUCACCCGCGUCGCGCACGACAUCACCCAGCGCUCGCUCGACCGUAUCCGGAACGAAGUCGCCCACCUCGGCGGAAAAAUGAACAUGAACGACCUCGUGCUCGCGCAGCGCGCCAUCGGCGACUGGCUCGAAGCCACCGACGUCAUCCCGAUCGCCACCAAAGAGUGGCUGCACCGCAAAUACCCCGCCGUGAAAGGAAAGGAGCCGCAAAACCCAGGCUUGUACGCGUUCCCGCCUGCGUGGGCGCAUGCGCUCGAGAAUCCGUGGCAGAACGAGAGAUUAAUGAAGACCGUCCUCGACAAUAUCAUGCGGCGCUUCGACGACGAGACGUGGGACCGUGUUACUCGCGACCCCGCCUCGGGAUACAUGUAUCCUCUACCCUCGGAGUCGUGGUGCCGCGCGGUCGGGCUUCCCGAGAAGGAGCUCAGCAACUUCAGCAUGAUGGCGAAGCUCGUGGCCGACCCAUCGGUGCUCGAUAGCUUGCGGCACGACAGAGAGGUAACGUUGGAGGAGUACCCAGAUUCGAUUGAUUGGGAUGUCCUCCAGUCGGAGAAUUACCGGAGGCUGAGGACAGGAAGCAGGGCAGGAUCGUCCAAUGAGGAGGUGCCCAAGGGUGAGGGGAAGGUGUCGAUCAAAUUCAUGGUGAGCAGUGUGAUAUGGCUCGCUAUGGGAGCGGCGGGGUUGGCGACUGUUGGUGGCCUUUGGGCUGGGUAUAAGUUCGUUUACAAACCCCUGAAAGUGCGUAUAAAGAAAGCAUUGGGAGACGAGACGCUGGAAGACGCGAUGGUGGACGGCGCCACGCCCAUCGAAGAAGAGCGUCGCGAAGAGACUCCAACCCAGUUGUCGUCAUAACCCUCGCAUAUCUCGCCAGUGUCGCCCAGUUCGCCGAGUCGCUAGUUCCAAGGCGGUUCAUUUCCCGUACCUCUACGUUGCUGGUGGUAUCAGCGUUCGCGCAGGCCGAAGUCUUCCCAAAUCCAAGGGAGCUGUCAUACAUCUUCAAGCCGACCUCAGCACAUUCGACGCUUCGCAAUCUGACGGAUGUGCAUCUCAGGAUAGAGUGCUUGGAUAACAUAGAGAACCAUGUCGUACAAGUGCUGUUACGAUAUUAUCACGAAAUACAGCUAAUUUCU